AUCUACAAAAAGAGAUUUGUCCAAUUAUUCUUUUUUAUAUACGAAUAGUAAUGGAUAUUGAAAACGUACCUUUUGUCUCUCCAGUUGAAAAUGAUUCCAACAAAAGCAUCACGGGCAUGUCUACGUUUACUGCAGUCAUUUUUGUAAUUGGAGCAAUGGUUGGAAGUGGCGUUCUGGUUCUUCCACAUGCAGUUGCUGACGCAGGUUGGACAGGAGUUCUCCUUAUCGUUGUUUGUUGUGCUAACUCUGGUUAUUGUGGGAUCAUUUUGGCUCGUUGUUGGAUUAUCCUAGAGGAGAGGUGGAAAGAAUAUCAAAAUAAAGUCCGGAUUCCUUAUCCUCUCAUCGGUUUCCGGGCCUGGGGGCGUUUCAUGAGAGCUGCAGUAUCUUUAUGUUUAAAUUCUACCCUAUUCGGAGUCGCAACAGUAUUUCUUUUGCUGGCAUCUCAACUCGUCCAGUCAGUAGGAGACCAAUUCAACAUAUCUUUUUGCUACUGGAUCCUAAUAUUUGGGACCAUCUUAUGCCCUCUUAUGUGGCUUGGAACACCCAAUGAGUUUUGGCCAGUUGCAGUCGGAGCUCUCGGAACUACUACGUGUGCCUGUUUUCUGCUAUUUGUAAAUAUUUUAAUGGACAACCAUAACGUUGAAGAUGUCAUCACAUUUCCAACACCCACCGUAAAGUCGUUCUCUCUUUCUUUUGCGACAAUUCUUUUCGCGAUCAGUGGGAGUUCAACGUUACCGACCAUUCAGAAUGACAUGAAGGACCGCUCUAAGUUUUCAAUGGUCGUGGCUAUUGGUUUUUUUGCGUUGCUGGUUUUAUAUCUACCUGUUGCUGUUGCUGGAUAUGCUGUAUAUGGAGGACAAGUGAGAAAUAACGUUAUUCUAUCUCUGUCUUCUGGUCCUAUUAGAACAACGAUUGAGAUUAUGUUGGCUGGACAUUUCUUGUUUUGUUUUUUAAUAGUCAUUAACCCCACGUGUCAAGAACUAGAAGAGAUGCUUUGUGUGCCACAUGUGUUUAAUUGGAAACGAUGUUUAUCGAGAACUACAGUCAUGGUAGUUGUAGUGUUUGUAGCAGAAACAGUACCGCACUUUGAGAAAAUCUUGAAUCUGUUUGGAGGAUCAACAACAACGAUCCUAACUUUUGUUUUUCCACCAUUGUUUUACUUGAAGCUCUCCUACCAGAAACAAUCCGAUUGGCCUGAAAGGACCGUGCCUCUUUAUCAAAAAAUCUAUUUCAUCCUGGUUAUUACGACUGGUCUGGUAGGAGGCGCAAUUUCUACGUUCUCUGCAGUCCAAGACAUAUUUUCUGCUUUAGUUUUUUCGCCACCAUGUUACAUCAGUAACACUGCAUAGACCGUCCCAAUACUGUCAAGAUACGCCAUUAGAAGUGUGUUUAUCUAAGAAAUAAAUAGAUCUAUGAAUAUAUACAUAUAUAUUAACAAACUAU